AUGUCCUCGGAACAGAUGAUGGAAACAGAGGACUUGUCUACCCAGAAAAGAAAGGCCACUUCCUCACCAUCGCCAGAGGAUGGCGUGGCUGCUAAGCGCACCAAACUGGAGGACGGGAACGUCCAGGACAGGAUCAGUGAAAUUGUUGAAGGGGAAGCGACGCCAAAAACCGGCAGGACAGAGGAACCCGUAAAGGACUCGAUGGAGGAGCCGGUCGCCACAGCGAGGGAGAUCCACGCCACGUCAACUACCAAGGACAAUGAUCAUCCAAUGGAGGACGAAGCUGUGGCACGCGCCCAAGAGACCACAGUUCAAAGCCCAGUCACUACUAGGAGAGAGUCUGACAGGCAAAAGGAGCAGGCCGCACCGCCGUCUCGAAAGGCACCACUUAGCCCCGAACAAACGCGGAAGAAUGUUAGCCUCGAGGAGAAGAAACGCGGCAGGCGCUUGUUUGGUGGUCUCCUCAACACUCUAAGUCAGACUACACCCAACAACUCGCAGCAAAAGAGGAGAAAGGAGAUUGAACGCCGCCAACAGGAACGAGUGCAGCAGCAGAGAGUCGAGGAUGAUAGGCGCAGAACCGACCUGCUCGCUGAGCGCAGACGCUUCCGGGAUGCCAAGCAGGUGGACUUCGAAGAGCGGAUGAUGCACCGGCGGCAUGAAAAGAUGCUUAUCUUGGCUCAUAGUCUGCGAACUGUCAGCGAGCCGGUAGUUUACUACAAACCCUGGGAGCUCACCAAAGAACAAGAGCGUAUCCUCGAUGAACAAGUCCGCGAAGCCGAGGAGACUAUUACCAGGGAGGUGCGCCAGUUCGAACUCAAACAUGGAAGGCCGCCAAAGAAUGAAGUCAAGGUCCCGCCAAAGUCUGAGAUCCCGCCACCGCCACCAUCACCGCCAUCAACCCAUGUUGACGUUGUCCGGAAUGAACAAGAUCAAGUUGGUGAGCAGCCUAACAAGACUUCAGAAGAUGCUAACCAUGGUGCUGUUCCGUCAUUGUCAUCCCAAGAUCCAGCAGCAGCAGCAGCAGCAGCAGCUACCCUGAGCACAGGUACAGGCGAUGACAAGGGCGUCAUUGCCACUAGCAUUGAUACUACCACUCAUGACCAGGACCAUGAUGGCGAUGAGAUGAUACAAGACGGGGAGGAUAUGGUCAUAUACUAG